AUGCGAAGUGUGGGCAUGCAAUGCGGCCCAGGGUCCAAGGAAGUCAUUGCCUUUCCCGACGGGGCUCGAAUCAGCCUGCGAUCGAACAUCAACCGUCUUGGCAACAGGGCCAAAGGUCUAGGAGUUGGGGGAUUGCCGUCUGAAGAGGAUGAUCGGGUUCUGCAGCGGUUCAGCAAGAGAGGCCCAGCCAUGACAGCCGCACCGGAACAAGUUCCUGUCGGAUGCGGUCAGUGCCGCAACCCUUCAGCUUUAUUGGCUUGCCAGAGGUGCAAAACCACAUUGUUUUGUGAUGCAGUUUGCCAGAAGCGCGCGUGGCCGGUGCACAAACUAAACUGCGAGACUCUGGAGGAUCGUUUUGCCAAGUACGACAAGGAGCAGGACCAGCUCGAACAAGAGGCGAUCGACAGAACGUGCCUGCACCAGCGAGAAGUCGAAGAAGCUGCGGCAAAGGAGGAAGAAAUGGCAGCAACGCUGGAGGCCUUCUUCAGCCGUGGCAGCUCCAAGAAAAAGGCGGAGUCUAGGCGACCAGACUGGCUUCCUCGAAAGGAGGAGGUUCCUAAGCCUGAAGAAGAGCUCCAACAGAAGGCUGCGCCCGUACAACAGAGUGGCAAAGUCACAGAAGGCAUUUCCAGAGAGAUUUGUGUGGUUGGCACGGAACUGCUGCCAGAAGCUUGGCAGAGAAGCCGCACAGAAGCUGCACGGGAUUAUUCGUCGAUGUUUCCGAAGCAGGUCGAAGCCAGGGUGCUAUUCGACUUGCGCUGUUUACACAUGGCUUAUUCUUGUCUUGGCCAAGUCAACAGGUGA